UCCUGCUUCUCCUCCUCCCCCUCGUCUGCCGCCGCCGCCGCCGCCGCCGCUGCUGGAGGUGGAGGCCGCGCCGCGGGCUCGGGGUGACGGCGCGAGGAGACGAGGUCCUGACCAGCUUCCGGUCAGAGCCGUGGCCUGUCCUGGGCACAAACACUCUUCCCUGGGGCCUAGGCAACCCGUCUCCCCCAAGGGCCAGAGUAUGGUGGUGAUACUAGCCCUUUGCUCCAUCAUCUGGCUAAACCGGGGCUUCAAGCUGCGGAAAAGUGGCUAGGGCGCCUGGCCCCUCGCCCUGCUCUGCUGACCCUGCCACACUCUCCUCGCUGGACUUCCGAGCGCCUGCUCCCCGGCCAUGUGGCCGCUGGCCCAUAGUUGAGCUCCCGUCUCCCUUGGUCCAGGAGGGGUCCCGCCGCCCCCGGCCCGGACAUCAUGGCCAGUGCUGAGGGCUUCCAGUACCGGGCCCUUUACCAGUACCACAAGGAGCGUGAGGAGGACCUCGACCUGCUACCUGGAGAUAUCCUGGUAGUGAGCAAGGGCACUCUGGAGGCGCUCGGCUUCCAGGAUGGGGACGAGCAGAGUCCCCACCACAUCGGCUGGAUCCUCGGCGUCAACGAGCGCACCAAGCAGAAGGGAGACUUCCCGGGUACCUACGUGGAGUACCUGGGGCCCGUGAAGAUUGCCCUGCCCUCCCACCGUCCCCGAGGCCACAGGCCACUGCCUGCCACCCCAGGGCCAGGGCCCGUCCGUCCCCGGGACUCCCCGGAGCCAGCUGGUGCCCUGCUCCCUGACCUGCCAGAGCAGUUUGUGCCCCCCGAGGCGGCCCCGCCCAUUCUUCAGAAGUUGGUGGAAGCCAUCGAACGCAAAGGGCUGGACAGUGAGAUGCUCUACAGACCAUCUGGUUCUGAGCUGCGGCCCCUGAGAAUUGACUGGACUCUGAGUGACGUGGAUCAGUGGGAUGUGGCCACUCUCUCUGAAGCCCUGAAGAGCUACCUACAAGCUUUGCCCAGGCCCCUAGUGCCCCCCGGAGUCCAUGGGGAUGUUCUCCAUGCCUUGCAGGAGACCACCAGUCCGGCCGCAGCCACGGCGGCAGCGGGGUGGAGGAGGCAGCAGCUGCAGGCGGUGCUGGAGCCCCCCCUCGUCCCCCUGCACAAUGCCCUGACUCUGCGCUUCCUGCUCCAGCACCUGGGGAGGGUGGCCCGGCAGGCCCAGGCCCAAGCGCAGGGCAGCGGCCUGGGCUCCCGGGCCCUGGGCGAGAUCUUUGGACCUCUCCUCUUUAGACUGCCGGCCUCUGGGCCUGAGCAGACUCCUGACUUCUCAGCUCUGUUCCUGGAAAUGCUGCUGCAGGACCAGGAGGAGGAGCAGGAGCCACCGCCCCCAGCUCUGCCCCCGAAGCCCCCCAAACCCAAGGUCCAGGCUGGCGGCCUGUCCAACGGGAGCAGCGCCCCCCUCCAGGAAGCCGAGUGGUACUGGGGAGACAUUUCGAGGGAAGAGGUGAAUGAGAAACUUCGGGACACUCCAGAUGGUACCUUCUUAGUCCGGGAUGCCUCGAGCAAGAUCCAGGGUGAAUACACGCUGACCCUCAGGAAGGGCGGCAAUAACAAGCUGAUCAAAGUCUUCCAUCGAGACGGACAGUACGGCUUCUCCGAGCCCCUGACCUUUGGCUCCGUGGUGGAGCUCAUCACCCACUACCGACACGAGUCUCUGGCCCAGUACAACGCCAAGCUGGACACUCGCCUGCUCUAUCCUGUGUCCAAAUACCAGCAGGACCAGGUGGUAAAGGAGGACAGCGUCGAGGCAGUGGGAGAGCAGCUGAAGGUUUACCAUCAGCAGUAUCAGGACAAGAGUCGGGAGUACGACCUGCUCUAUGAGGAAUAUACGCGCACUUCCCAGGAGCUGCAGAUGAAGCGGACAGCCAUUGAGGCCUUCAAUGAGACCAUCAAAAUCUUCGAGGAGCAGGGCCAGACACAGGAGAAGUGCAGCAAAGAUUACCUGGAACGCUUCCGGCGAGAGGGGAACGAGAAGGAGAUUCAGCGAAUCCUCAUGAAUUCCGAGAAACUCAAGUCCCGAAUAGCCGAGAUUCACGACAGCAAGAUGAAGUUGGAGCAGGACCUGCGGGCACAGGCGGCCGACAACCGGGAGAUCGACAAGCGCAUGAACAGCCUCAAGCCUGACCUCAUGCAGCUGCGGAAAAUCCGGGACCAGUAUCUCGUGUGGCUGACCCAGAAGGGAGCCCGACAGAAGAAGAUUAAUGAAUGGCUGGGAAUCAAGAACGAGACUGAAGACCAGUACUCCAUGGUGGAUGAGGAGGAGGACCUGCCCCAUCAUGAGGAAAGGACUUGGUACGUCGGGAAGAUCAACCGUGGGCGAGCGGAGGAGAUGCUGAGCGGCAAAAGGGACGGCACCUUCCUCAUCCGGGAGAGCAGCCAGAGGGGCUGUUACGCCUGCUCUGUGGUGGUGGACGGGGACACCAAACACUGCGUCAUCUACAAGACGGUGACCGGCUACGGCUUCGCCGAGCCCUACAACCUCUACGCCUCCCUCAAGGACCUGGUGCUACACUACAAGCAUACGUCGCUGGUUCAGCAUAACGACUCCCUCAAUGUGACGCUGGCCCACCCCGUGCUGUCGCCGCCCCCCGCCCGCUGAGGGGCCCGGCCCCCGGGGGGAGGGGGGACCAGGAGGGGCUGGGGCUGCCGCCUUCUCCUCGGCCGGAGGCCCCCCGCUUCUCACUGCCUGGCCCUGCCCUGCCCCUGAGUUCCCGGGACAAGGGGACCCGGCCGGGGCUCCCUGAGGGCGUCGGGGCCUGGGGACUGGACCAAGGGGUGUGUGUGCGUGUGUGUAUGUGUGUGUUUGCAUGUCUGCAUGCACGUGCGCUCCCCCCACUGCCGCCAGGAGGGGAAGGGGACGGUUUUCUUAGUCACUGGGAUGGUUCCUGACCCUCCCUCCCGAGGAAUGCAAGCAGGUGGGCGGUGGGAUGCCCUGGGAGGAGGCAGAGCCCCACUCGCCUCCAGGCCCGUCCGGGGCACUUAGAGCCCCAGUGUUGCUGAGCCCUGGGCCCGGUAGCAGGGUCUGGGGGAGCCCUCGGAGACUGCUACCGGCCUGAGGGAUCAUCUUACAGAGGGGGAAACUGAGGCCCCUGCCCCGGGUUGGAAGGACAUCAGGAGGGAUCUGGUUCCCCUGGAAUAGGAAUCCCCUCCAACACUGACACAUCUUGGGUCCCCGUGGCCAGAGGAGGAAGAACGUCCUAGUUAUAGCCCUGAACCCGGCUCCCUCCUCCUCGCCCCCGUUUCUGGUGCUGCUGGCAGCCCACCUUGCUUGUCCAGAAGCCAGGGGCACGGCAGAGUCUCCCACAGCUGCGCUUCUCCCCUCUGCCCCCCACGCGCUGUAUCAUCCUGGACAGCCCCCCUACCCCUUCUGGGCCUCAGUUUCCCGAUCUGUCAAAUGAUGGGGUGUGAGUAGAUGCUGAAAGCCGGGGGAACUAGCUCCCCUCCCUCCUGGGGCCAUCGCUUCCCCUCCGGGGGCGGUCGUUGAGCGGCUGCGGGCCCCCUGGGGGCACCACUGGGCAGAGGCAGGGACUCGUUCCGCGGGCGGCAGCUGAGCUCUGGGUUAGGAGGGAGACCCCCAGUCCCACAGCCCCCGGGUCCUGUCCCUCCAUGGGGAAGGGAGCGAGGGGCAGGGGGGUUAGUGAGGGUCCCACGUGAAGCGGCUCUCUUUGGGGUUUCCUGGUUCGGGGAGGGGUGGGGGGCCACCUCCGGGCGGAGCUGAGUGGGGGGUGGGAUUUCUCCGUGUGUAGAUCUCUGCAUGAGCGUGUGCGUCUGUGUGUGUGAGACCCGUGUCUGGGAGCGUGUGUGAACAUGACCGAGGUCACCUUCUCUGUGGGUCCGGACCUCCUGCCUGCCUUGUCCCCCUCUCUCAGGCCCACGUAUCUGUUAAAGCUACUUCAGGAGGCCAAGGCCGUCGUGCCUGACCCACAGCCCCCCAUUCUUCCGGCCCAGUUGGGGUUGGGUUCUUUGGAGCAGAAGCAGGCGAUGAGGUCCUAGGUGCCUGGUGCAGAGACCAGAGGAGUGGCUCCUCCCGGGGAGCCCGGGUCCUGCAGUCUCCCCCACACUGCCUUUGGGGGCCAAGAGCCAUCCUCCUCCUCUUCCCCCUCCAAACCACUUAAAGCCUUCCUGCCCCACUCUGCAAGCCCAGACCCAUAAAUAAGCCAUAGAACCAGGGUGGGGGGUCAGAGCAGGGGCUCCGACCCCACCUUCCUUCCUCCAGUCCCACAGACCGUGACUCCGGGGCAGCCAGGUGGAAACUCGCUGCCUCCCACCAGUUCUGGGGUCACAAAGCAGAAGGGGACUCGCCCCAGACACCCCACACGGCCGUCUCUGCCUUGGGAGGCCUUGGCCUGGCUUCUGGACCAGCCAGUUUGGGGAGGGGGCCUUGUGUUUAGACUCCUGACCCCACAGGAUGGUACUUGAGUCCCCUCCGAGCUGGGGGGCCCUGAGCCAGCUGCCCUUGGGCAGGCCAUUGUAAAUCCCUCCAUCCCUCCCUUGGGAGUGUGACUCGAGGCGGGGUUGGGUGGGGGGGACACAACUAACUUCCCUUCUCAAGAAGCCGAGUUUACUGAGAACUGAAACCUUCGCUGGAAGCUGGGUCUGCAGCUUCAGCUGUCAGCGGGGAGCCUGGAAUUCCCCAGGAAGUCGGCCAGAGCUUCAUUUCCCCCUUUGAGCCCCACAACGACCACCCCACACCCCCAGUGUCCUCUUUUCUAAUACAAGGAGCCAGGUUUGGCUGUUUACAACUUCCUGACUGGUCCUGCGGGCUGAUGCAGCCUCCUCUUCCCUUCUUGGCCCGCUUGGGAUCGGGGGGCUCGCCGGGCCCCCCGAAGUAGGAUGACCAUAGAACUUCCCUCCUCAGAGGCCGUGUCCUCCCAGGGGCCUCUGUGUGGAUGAGUGGGGAGAGACUCCCCAGGAAAAAAUUAUACCUGGGUAAGGGCACCGAGAGCUUCUGGGGGGGCCAUUCUUGGGAUUUUCUUGCUUUUCUUAUUUGUGUUGGUUUUGUUUGUUUGUUUUUAAAGGAAAUUUGUUUUUGUCUUUUUUUUUUUACUUUCAAAGAUGGAAGGAGGGCUGUGUUGGGGAAGGUUAGAUAUGCAAUAAACGCUUAGCUGGCA